AAUUAUUUCUAGGUUAUAUAUCCAUGACAACAACAAUAAUCUACAUAACAACACACAAAUUCUGCUACUUUAUUCGCAGUUUCUUUUGCCAGUAAAUCCCUCACACCUCAUUUAUUCGGUGCAAAAAGUGAGGUAAAAUCUAACUUACCAUCUCGGGAAAUUACUCGUUUGUAUAGUUGAAGAUUAUGCAGCAAAAGGUCCAAAAGUUCUGGAUUGCAGUGCCUGACACGGUCUGCCAAACGUAAAAAAAUCGACCAACUGAAACGCUGCUAAUCGAUAUUAUGCGGAUAUUAUGCAAAGGAUUUAAUUUAUACAACCAGUUGAAUUGCCCAGCGAAAUGUCCAACUGUGGGCGAAUUUCAACUGACUGGAAACUGCAGCCCUGGAGACCAUUUUUCCAUUGCCCACACCUACUCAGUUCUGGCCAGUGACACUGUGCUUAAACUGCAUUGUAAUUUGGCUAAAACCCAACAAUUAGAUCUUUGCAACACGAAAAUAUCCCGAGUAACUGUUGGAGAUGACAAACUCCUGGUCCUUGCAGAAGACGGCCAGUUAUUGAAAGUUUCCCUCAAAGAUUGGAGCCCUGCACCUUUACCAAAAUUCAUCGGCAAUCAAGACCGCGUUAAAUGCAUCAGCUCCACUUCCAAGCUCUUCAUGGCAUAUUCAGAAAAUGGGCUUUUAUACACCAUUCCAGAACAAGUGGAUUUUGUUAACAGGAACAUAGUCGACAUGCAAUGUGGAAGAGAGCAUUGCCUGCUGCUGGAUACUGAUGGAAACGUUUAUAGCUUUGGUGCUGGCAGUCGCGGGCAGCUUGGGACUGGCCAGUUAGAUGACCAAUCCUCUCCUGUACUGCUCCAAGCUCUGGCUGGGAUUAAAAUAGCUAAGAUUGCAGCAGGUGGUUGGCACUCGGCUGCUAUCAGCGAAGAAGGCGACCUUUACACAUGGGGCUGGAACAGCAACGGCCAAUUGGGGCUGGCCUCUUUUGAGGCGGGCAAAGAGAAAACUGUCUCAGUUAUGGCUACACCCCAUGUAGUGGACAUUGAUAAUAGCUCGAGUUUGAAUGUUACGCAGGUGGCAUGUGGAACUAAGCAUACCAUCGCCCUCUUAGUAAAAAUACAUAAUUUUCGAUCCUGCCCAAGUAUUUCCUUCCAUAUUUGCGAGAUUUGAAAAUGAAAGAAAUGAAGCCGAAAAAGUGCCACUUACUAAGAGGGUAUUUUGUCACUUUUUCGGAAUUUUAGAGAACAACCAUCUGUAUGGAUGCGGCUUUAACAAGUACAAGCAAAUCAAAUCUGAGGACCGAGAGGACUAUAAUGAAUUCACUUUUAUUCGCGACUUUUCCCAGGAAAAUGUCGAUAGGAUUUUGUGCGGGCCUUGGAACUCAGCCCUUAUAGUUGAUAGUUAAUAGUUACUGUUAUUUAGAAAUCAACCAGACCCAGUAAGAAAUGUGUGCGCCAGUAAACUCCGCAAUUUUAACGUAUCGUCUUAAACUUUUGACUUAUUAAGGGAAAUAUUUUUUGAAACGACAACCUAAACUCGACGUGAAAUUUGAGCUUUACAUAAUAAUUCAUUUUCCUGCACAGAAAAUACGUUUGGAAACCGGAUAACUGGUGUUGUGUGUACGUCGUUGUACGAAAUGGAGUCGUGCGGAAAGUCCGCUUGAAGCAAACGAUAAUUACUGCGGAAACUUUCGGCAUACAACAUAAUAUUUAGAUGUAACUGCACUGUAACUGAGUAAGGAAUUACUAGUCACGUUUCAGUUUAAUCUAGAUUUUAUUUCCUCAUCCACAUUUUAGUUAAUAUUAAGUCGUAAAACCUGCCCAGUGCGGUACGUAAAUAAUUACAAAAGAUUAUAUAUAAUAAAGCGACAUACAAACACACCGGUUUGUAAUUCAACACAUUUUCACGAGCAAUUUUCAUAAUCAAUCUCUGCUGUUGCAAUUGCCCAAAUAGACAAUUAAUUAUAAUUUUUUUACUUUCCAAAAAUAUUUCGAUGACAAUAUUAAUUACUUUAGUAAUCACAUUGUGAGCGCUACUCUUUCAUUAUUGGCCAUUUGGUUGCUAAAGGCACAUCAUUAGUAACAUUGAUGCUCACAUUCAUCAAUCUCUUAAUUCAUUUUAGAAUAAUUAACAGCGAUAUUUUUCCACUAUUCGUUUUUAUAUAACAUACCUUCGUUAUUGAUUAAGGGAUGUUUCCGCACGAAAGACUGCCUAAGGGAUGUGUAAUUAAAAAAAGAUUAACCUCGUUAUGGGAUUUUACUAUUUUUCACGAAUUAAAAAAAAUUGCAAAUUUAAGGUGUCGUUUAAUUGAAUUUGCCCUAAAUGCGAUGCCCCAGUAGCGAGUGUUUUAUAUUAUGUGCAAUUAAAAUUAUUUAUUCCGAAUAUCAAACAUAUUCUAUAAAUUUCAUCAUUUCCACACGAGGAAAUUGAUAUUUGUUAAAUUGUUUAUUUUAGUUCACAAAUAUUUUAUAAAUAAAUUAAAAGAACAAAUUAAAAUAUCCAGAACUGAUUGGAAUCAUGCGUUUUAUCGACUAAAUUAUUUCCAGUAAUGCCCAAAUUUGAACUGUAACAUGCUAAUCUACCCGUUCUCUGUUGGGUAAACUGCGGGCAAUAAUAAAUUAUCGUGGAGUAAA